AUGGACUCGAGCUUCAUGCCGCCAAUUGAGACUUUGCUCGACCCCUCCUUCACCGCAGGUGGUGCACGUCUCCUCGAGGUGGAAAACGACGUCGCCCAGGGCGACGCCAAGACUCCGACCAACGGCAUGGUCAACUCUUGGCUGAAGACGGUCACAUCCAACGCGGAGUUCGAAAAGCCUGUCACCACACACGCUUUCCGCCACUUUGCGUUGCAUGUGGUGUUCAGGAAGGGCGGUCUUGAUGCGACCCGCAUGGUCGCCGGCCACGCUUCGCUCCGCGUCACCCGCGGCUACCUCGCCAAGAUGCUGCCCGAUCACGUCUCUUGGGCCGCGUUUGGCGACGAGGCCAUGUCGCCCAGCACGUUCGAGCGAGUGAGCAAGGCUGCUGUGCCUGCCACUCACCACGGACGCUGGGUCGACCUCGGCCAACGCCUUGAGCGAGUUCUGCGGCACCCUGGACUGGUCCAGAGCCGCGAGUGGCAGGCAAGGAUCCGCGACCAGGUCGCCACCGAGUUUGCGACCGUUGCUUUCGCCCCUCCUGAUCUGCGUGAGCAGUAUGAGGAGGCCGCUGGCGAGUACGCAAAGGUGUUCAAGCGCGUUGGCGCUCUCGACAUCCAGCAGUUUGAGAUUCUGCUGCACGAGGUGAUCCUUGGCGGCACCGAGGAGUCGACGGGGCGCACGAAGACACAGCCUACGUUCGACCAGACGGUGUGGCAGCAGCAUCUCUGCAAGCUGCUGGUGGGAGGAACUGAAGGCUUCAUCGAGGCCUUCAACAUCAUGAAGCAGGUCGAAGGUAGACAUUUGGAUGAUUGUGACGGGGACGACGAGGACGGGGUGGAGAACGCUGAUGGCGAUUCGGACACUUCAAGCGAUGAGGAUGAGAAGGACUCGACUCACGAUGCUGCACUCUUGUAA